CUCACGCCUAAGAGCAUCCAUCUUUGUAACAUGUGUGUAUAUAGUGAAACCCUAACAAUUCCUAAUUACUCUUCCACUCUACUUUCUCUUCCACGCCGUUACCACUAUUCCUCUUCUCUGCGACACUGACGCCAGUCCCUCCUCCAGUUCGCCGUUUUCCGCCGAGCUUUUCCGCAUCUCGUCCGAUCCACCGCCGCCCUUCGAACUUUGCCGCACUCUGUCGUCGUUCUAGUCCUGUGGGAACAUAAGACAAGUGAAGACCAAACCAGCUGCGCAAAGAAAGUGUAGCUGGUCAAAACAUGGCACAUGGUUUGAAUUUUUCGUAUUGUUUUAGGGGAUAAGAAGCAUAUUAAGAAGGUAGGAGGAAAACUGAAGGUUUUUUUCCCAACCCCUCUCGAAAAUGCAAAUCUACCUAUUUUGAUUCCACCAUUUAUUGAUAACAUAACCAAAUCCCCAAAAAUAAUUUAACUGAAAAAAAAAGAAAUUUUAUUCGGCCACCAACUAUUUUCUUUGUCAUAUUUCAAAUUACACUGCCUCCGAUUUUAGUGAUUGUACAACAACGAUGGCUGCCAUCAUUUCCCGAAGGUUAAGAUUAGCCUCUACAAUCCUAAGACCCUCUUUUUCUUCAUCUUCUUCAACCAAGCCGUUAUUCAAUAACCCUAAGCCCUUAUUCUUAGAACCCUUUUCCCAAUCAAUAAACCCUUUUCUCACCAAUUCAUCACUAACAAAACCAAGAUUAUUCUCCACCAAUGAUUCCGAGAAACCUGAAAGUCCAUACCCAAGCCAAAAUCCUAAUUUCAAGCACCAAGAAAUCGAAGGACCCACAGUUGAGCGUGACGUCUCACCUCUGGCGAAUGAAACACGAGAGGUUUUGGAAUCGAUCAUGAAGAACGUCUACAAGCUGAGCAAGGUGGUUGCAGUUCUAGGUCUGGUUCAACUUGGUCUUGGAUCUUGGAUCGCUUACAAAACGGGUUCUUCACCAUUUUCGGAGGUUUCUGUUCAGAGCACGCUGGCUUUUGCGUUUCCAUUUUCAUUGGCGUUCGUUCUGAGACAGUCACUGAAGCCAAUGUACUUCUUCAAGAAGAUGGAGGAGCAAGGUAGGUUGCAGAUUCUGACGCUUACCAUGCAGGUUGCGAAGCAGAUGAAUCUGUUGUUUGUUAGGGUUCGUGGGGUUUCCAUGGCUUGUGUUCUUGGGAUCUCCAUUGGCUUCUUGUUUGCUGUGCUCUCAAGAUGAGGUUAAAGGAAAAUCAUUGACAGUGCUUUGGGGAUGUUGAUUUUGAUCCUUUUCUUUUUUCAUUUUUGAACUAAUGCUCCCUUUAGUCCCAGUAAACACAUUGUAGCCAUAUCUUGGGAUUUGGUGUUCUAAGCUGUCAAAAACUUAAAAUAAUUCAUAGAUUCAUAAAUAAAUGUGAGUUAAAAUUAA